UUUAAUGAAAGAAAGUCGCUUUGGAGUGGACCACGAAUCUUCGGCCUUCCCGAACUCCAGUCUACGACCAUGAGCUCCUCCUCCUCCGCCACCGCCCGCCGGCGGCGACCCUUGCACUCCCUCCCGCCGACCGAAAUCCUAGAAAUCGGUAGCGGCCUGUCCCUCUGCCCCCGCCUCAAGCUCCUCCUCACCUUCUUCCGCGCCGACCCCGCCGUCAAGCCUAUCGACGAGUGGAAGCUCCGCCUCUCCCUCCUUGACUUCCUCCGCUCCUCCCUCUCCCUCUCUGUCCCCGAUGACGACCUCCUCAUCCGCAAGCGCUCCGACCUCCACAAGCGGAAGCGCAACGAGCCCGUCGCCUUCGGUACCCUCUACGUCCGCGAGCUAGGGUUCCUCAAGAGCAAGACCACCAGAGAGGAAGACCGCGACGAAGAAGACGACGAGGAGCUCCUCCAACGGAAGUUCUUGAACUGGCGGAGCUCCGUCGUGGAGCGGCUGGCCGGGAUCGAGUUGAAUCUGGAAGGAGUCAAGUUCGAAAUGAGCGUGGAGAUCCCUUCGUCCGACGAUUUCGAGAAGAUGGAAGAAUCUUGGAAGAAAUUCUAUGCUGGGAAUUCGGCAAGCGGUGUGGCCCGGCGGCCAGACACGAUUAUUGUGCGAGGGGUUCCGUCGAGAUGGUUCGCUGAGCCACGAGUGUCUUCAAAGGCCUCGAUGCUGGUCACACACACCAUUUUUUCAGUGUUUGGGAAAAUAAGGAAUCUUAAUGUUGGUGGCGACGAUGAUCUAGGUAAGAAAGCAGAAGAUGCUGAUGGGGAGAUUGUAUCUGGCCUUAAUUGUAAAGUCUGGGUCCAAUUUGAGCAUUACAGUGACUUCUACAAUGCAAUGAAAGUGUUGUGUGGGCGAUCAAUGCAGAAGGAAGGGUCACGCCUAAAAGUAGACUAUGAGGUAACUUGGGAUAGGGAUGGUUUCUUCCGAAGUGUUCUGCAAAAAACUGCCCAGAGUUACGGGCAAGAAAGGGGUGCCUCUAUGCAGAUGAUGGCCGGGCAUAUAAGAAAUGAAACCAUGGGGCGUCAGUCACAAAAUACACGUUUUGACUCUGAUGGUGGACGCUCAAAAAGGUUCAGGAUGCAGGAAUGAGGUUUAACUGCUCAAAGUCUGGGAUGCAUGGUGGCACCUGGCAAUGCCAAAUGUUGAACCUGAGACUUCAAAAUGCAAGUUGCCAUGUAACAUAGCCAAAUUGUUUUUUUUUUUAAUCUUUUUGUAGUCCACAAUCUCUUAUAUUCACAGGCCGACUCUAAGAAUAACGUUAUAUCGCCAUGCUUGAAAUUUAUUUUCCUGUUGUAACUCAUUCGAUUGAAAAAAUGACAGUAACGUGGAUAAGGUUUCAGGAACACAA